GUUUGCAAAUCGGGAGAGGAUUAAAACCGGCCUCAACGUUAUUAUAUAUAAAAAAGAAAUCAAGAAAGAUUUGUAGUUGUAUAAUUUUGUUGCGAUCUCAAUCCAACAACAACAAACAACAAUGGAGUACUCUUGGAAUAAAUUUGACCCGAAAACAACAACAUUCGGAUCCUGGAAAAAAUUUAAGGAACUUGAAACAGAGGCUUACGGCAGGGGCUCUGUUUUCUUGGCCUGCAAUCGUUCUUUACGGUGCAUAACUGUGAAAUCCGCCAGUGAACACAAUCAUUACGCUUCUUCUUGGCUGGAACAAGAACAUGGAUUUUUGUCCCAGUUAAUCGGAAUCCCCUACGUUAUUCAAUGUUAUGGAGAAGAUUACAGCGUCGAGAAUGGCCAUAAUGUUUACAACCUUCUUCUAGAAUACGCCCCGGGAGGGACUCUUCGCGAUCUAAUCAAAAGCAGGUAUUAUGACCAAGGCCUGAGCUUGCCGGAAACCCACGUCGCCGUUUACGCUAGGAUGCUGCUCAGAGGGCUCGCCGGGAUUCAUGGGAAGGGAAUCGUUCAUUGCAAUCUGAAACCGGAAACCAUACUCGAGUUCCCGGCCAUCUACGGUGGCGAACUCAUCAAUGAUUUGGUAAUAGCUGAUUUCGCUUCUGCCAGGAAAGUCUCGGAAAACCAUUUACCGGUGAUGACCACUGGGACCACUCGACUGUAUGCUUCGCCGGAAUUGGUGAGCUCCGGUCAGUUCGGGACUUACACCGACAUAUGGUCUUUUGGAUGCAUAGUUCAUGAGAUGAUGACAGGAAAGCCUUUUUUAUGGAAUAAUGAUAUAGCUUUGAUUGAUCAGAUACCACAAGGGAAUAAUAAUGAUAAUAUUGAUUUGACAUCAUCAUGGAGAUUUUCUAACACCGGAGAAGCCGGUGUCGAUUUCUUAAGAAGGUGUUUGGAGAGGGACCCAGAGAGGAGGUGGUCUGCUAAGGAGUUGCUAUUGCAUCCUUUCAUAAUUAAGAACUUGAAGAUCAUGUCUGAAACCUGCGGUGUUGAUUUCGAAGAGAUUGACAGAAAGAAUUGUCUUCGGACCACCGCCAAUCCUUUCGGGAACGGAUGGGUUUCGAGGAAUCUUUUCUCCGAACCGGCAAUGGAUGUUGAGGUUCUACAACAACAACGGCCAACGGCGGCGCACCCGCUGCUGGAUCUUCUACAACAACCACCGCAACAGCCACGGGCAGCGGCUCACACAGGAAUAUAGUCCUAAUUCAAGUUUAGAGUUAAGGGUGAGAUCUUGUAUUUUGCGUAACGUAGAACUUUA